GUGCUUGGCUCCGUAAUGACGUCAGGAUCGUACGCGCCAGAGCAGAGUAAGGAGAUGGCGGAUGACGAGGCCGAGCUGGACCCUGGUCCUGUGGAAAGUAAAUAUGAAACCGUCGAGGAACUCAGACGACGAUUAGAAAAUCUACAGCAAGUCGUGUUCGGAGACGGCGUCGGUUCUUUAGUCGAUUCUUCUGAGUACUGCCAGCAGUUCUGCGGGACGCUGUUGGAGUUUGCAGGACGAUGGAAGCAGGAGGAAGAGCCGCUGCUGCUGGUACAGGUGUAUGUUGUUGGCCUGCUAAGUUACGCCAAAGCUUCUCCAUACCUUAAUCUGCAGUGUGAAAAUGUUCCUCUGGUGGUUGAAAGACUUUCUCUGAGCUUUCUGGAGCUUUUGCUCUCAGUGAAGGACAUCCCUGAUGAUUUAUGGAUGCAAGUCAAGUUAUCUGUGCAGUUUGCUCAUGACAAACUUCAGGAGAAUGGAAUCAACCAGCUGUCGCUGCUGAUGGCUCUGGGUCGGAACAAUGGAGCAUGGUCCAACACGGUGCUGCAAGGCCUCUUGUCCAACCAGGAGCUUCAGACAGAACAAGUGGAAGAGUUCCUGCUGCAGGAGGGACCCGUCCUGUUGCAGAUGAGAGUGAAGCAGCUGAUGAAGGAGAAGCAGAUGGAGAAGGCUGCACUUCUGGCCAAGACCUGCUCCGAGUCUUCUGCCUUCCAGGGGAAAGGAGCCUUCAAGCAGAUGUACCUGGUCUGCCUCUGUGCCACCUUAGAACAGGAUCAGCUGAUGGAGGAGCUUUCAAAGGAGGACUGUAAGGACGCGUUAGAGAUGAUCUGCAACCUGGACUCUGAAGGAGACGAUGGAGCAGCCUUCACUUUAUGCUCUGCCUUUCUGACCCGUCAGUUUCUCCAUGGGGACACGUACUGCGCUUGGGAACUCACUCUGUUCUGGAGCAAGCUGCUGAAGCGACUGGAGUCAUCCGAGCAGGCCUUCCUCGACAAAUGCCAGCAGAUGUCUCUGGCGUCCAAAUCUGCAUACCACAUCUUGUUCCUUAUCAAAGUCAUCCAGUCGGAGCUUGAUGGUUUUGGCCUCCCGGUGUGCAUUGAAAUGUGCAUCAGAGCUCUGAAGAUGACAUCGGACGACGUUAAAGCCAGAGGAGCUGUGUGUAAAACAAUGUCCUGUUUGCUUCCAACUGACCUGGAAGUGAAGCGAGCCUGUCAGCUGACAGAGUUUUUACUGGAACCCACAGUGGAUGCUUACUAUGCAGUUGGAACGCUUUAUAAUGAACCAGAUCAAAAACUAGAGGAGGAGAACAUGCCUAUUUCCAACUCGCUGCGUUGUGAGCUUCUACUAGUUUUAAAAACCUUGUGGCCCUUUGACCCAGAGUUCUGGGAUUGGAAAACAUUAAAGCGUCAUUGCCUCGCAUUAAUGGGUGAAGAGGCGUCAAUUGUUUCGUCCAUCGACUCACUGAAUGAACCCGAGACCCCGGAGGAAGAGGAAGAAUACUCCAGUCUGGCUGGUUUCAAUAUCACUGACUACCUAACACGAGGCACAUUUGGAUUUCAAGAUGGGACCGAUAAGAAACGGAAAAACCAGGAGAUAAAGAAACUAAGGCAAAAGGGUUUAGUGUCUGGCCGGUUCCGAAACUGGCAGGCCUAUAUGCAGUACUGUGUCCUCUGUGACAAAGAGUUUCUUGGUCAUCGGAUCGUUCGACACGCUCAGACUCAUCUAAGCAAUGGAGUCUAUUCCUGCCCCAUAUGUACUGAAACCUUUGCCACCAGAGACACGUUGAUUCCCCACGUAACGUCCCAUGUAAAACAGUCAUCCAAGGAAAGGCUAAGUUCAAUGAAAACCAACAACUCACUGGUUGAUUUUAAAACCUCAACCCUGCCCCCUGCAGCAUCAAAGGCCAAGACACUCAAUCAGCUUCACAAAAACAAGAGUUCGUUUAGACAGAAAGCGAUCAGAACUAAAAGUUUUAAACCGCCAGUCAAACGUGAGGCAGAGAUUAGUGAGGACAACAUGUGUCCAGUUGGACAAUGUAGGAGGAGCUUCAAGUUUUUCAAAAAUCUUAUCGCCCAUAUUAAAGAUCAUGGGGACAACGAGGAAGCUAAAACUUUUCUGGAGCUGUGGUACAACAAAGUUGUUUGUCAGUAUUGUCGUCGUCAUUUUAUUAGUGUGACCCAUCUGAAUGAUCAUUUACAAGCUCACUGUGGUGUCAAACCCUACAUAUGUGUGCAGUUGAACUGCAAGGCUUGCUUUGCAACUAACACGGAACUUCUCGUACAUAAAAAGACGCACACCAUUUUCAAGGCUAGGUGCAUGUUUCCAAAUUGUGGCAAAAUUUUCAACGCUGCUUUCAAAUUGUACGACCACGAAGCACAUCAUUACAGAACAUUCACUUGUAAAGAUGCGGACUGUGGAAAGGUGUUCCAUUCACAACAGCAGCUAGAUCUGCACCUUGACAAUCAUAAUGCCCAAAAGAACAAAAUUGCAAUUCCUUCACAGUCUUCAACAAACAUACAGUCUGGUUCUUCACUUGGUCAUCAGAUGUCUUCAAAUCCCUCUCUGCCUAAGCAAGAUGAGAACUUAAACAGUGGGGACACUGGUAAAACAAAUCCUGGAAAGCCGCUGCUUUCUAUUGAGAGUUUACUAAAGUCCUCUCAAGAGCCCAAGGAAAUGUUGAAACAAGGCAAAGCUAAAUGUGACCAUCCAAAUCCAGCUGCCCCAACAAGUCAGAUGUACACUUCUAAUAAUUCUGUGAUUCAGUCUGUGCGGUCUCACCUUGAUGAUCUUAACAGACGUGGAGAAGUCCAUCAGUCCUUGGAGUGUGCCAUGCCACAACAAAGAAAGCAUUCAGUACUUGCAUUUGAAGCUAGUGUUCAAAAGCUCCAAAACCAGCCACAACUGCUCCCCAGUAAUGUAAAUACUCAAGCGGUACGUUACAACUCUAACGGUAAUAUAUCCAUGCCAUUGCUCCAUGGGUCGAUGUCCUGUAGGAGCAUGCUGACGGUAUCACUGUCUCGCCUGUCUGCAGAAACAGCAAUGUCCCAACCACUCCCCCCAACUGUAAGCCCCAAGCAACCUACUAGGAGUAAACCAGAGAAUUCCACAACUCCCUCAAACAUCACAGGUCCCGCACCAGGACACAGGGAGAGGUUUCAUUGUGCCUUUCCUACAUGUGAACGACAUUAUAGCUCCUAUAAAAAUGUUACCAAACACAUGAAAGUGGUUCACUCAGAUUUCUAUGAGCAAUGGAAACUUUCCCGAACUGAAAUUAAAAAAACCUAUGGUCCUGUGCGGCGCACACCAUCCAUGCGGCAUUUGAGUUCAGCCUCCUUUGUCCAAAACAAGAAUGCUAAAGGUGUACAGACUCCUGGAUCUCGGGCACAGAAUGUUAUUCAGUCACCUCCUUAUAUUGAUGGGACAAAGAGCUCAAACUGCCCCAAUUCCUUACCAGUACUUCAGUCAUCGCCGCCUAAUGUUAAUGGUUCUGUACGUUUAGCUAAUAAUUCGAAACCAAUCGCUGUUUCUCAUCCAGAAACGGACAGAAAUCUGACAUCAUCACAGUCUCGGGGCUCAGGCAGUAAAAGUUGGAACUCCGUUUCUGGAAGUGAACAAGUUCACAACUCUCGCUCUUCUCCAGCCUUUCAAUCUAAUCAAAAGGCGAUGUCGCGAGGUAGUUCUAUCACCACAACUCUGCCUCUCAAUGUUCCAACGUGUUCUAUGAUAGGAUCAACAAAAAACACAGAGGCCUUACUGCCACAGCUCAACAGCAGGCCUCAGUCUACUAUUCCUUCGUGUAUUAAACAUGCAAAGGAAGUGCUUCAACAUGUGAAGUCCCCUUCAUCGUGUACACCAUCUGUGCCCUCUGCUUCUAAGACACUAAAGAAAACAAGGGCAAGUCAAGAACAGCCCAAUUUUUCCUCUUUUGAGGCAAACAAAGGCUGCAAAGACAGCCAACCACAAUAUGGCUUUGAGCAGUCUGAAAAAAGUCCAAAUCAGAAACGCUCUAGAAAGUACACAAGAACCAAAUGCCCAGCCAUCAUUAAAGAUGGGAAGGUCUUUUGCCGGAGGUGUUUCAGGCAAUUUGCUAGUCCAAAAUCCCUUGGAGGUCAUUUGUCUAAGCGGACAACGUGCAAACCAUAUCAAGAGUCGGAAUUAAAUUCUGACUUGCCCCAGUCGUUUCUCAAUCUUCUCAAUUCAGAGGACAUAGUUGGCACCUCUGAGUCACAACCUCCUUACACUUGUGCUGAUGUUUAUCAAAAGUCAAAUAAGAUGGUAACAAGUGGCUCAUUGUCAACAAAAGAUUUCUCCACUCCUAAUAAUAUUCAAGAACACCUGGAUACAUAUGAAAAUGGAGAGUCUAGUGAUGAUAUUCUUAAGCAAAUUAUGGCUGAAUCCAAUAUGACAGAUCUUUUCAUUGAUCCACCAAUUCCCCAGCCAUUAUUUCAAAACCCUUGUGCUCCCUAUGGGGUUAGUGAGCAUUUACUUGGCUCCUCCGUGAUACAACAUACAGAAAAGAUCCAGCUGAAACCAGACACUAACCCAUAUAGUGCAGGUUGUUGUCCUCAGCCAGGAAGUAGUAGAUUCCCAGAGAAUAAAUUCCCUGCCCCACUUUUUUCACAACUGCUUCCAGAGCCUCCCUCUACUAUUGGUAUGGGCAGUGAUUGUAAAAGCAACACAAUACCUCCAGGAAUUCAGGGUGCAGGAAAUAACCCCAAGACAAUUGAGCCAAAACUAAAUGCAGGUUCAAAAUCAGUAAUGCAAACAAUAUUUGAUGGUCCGCUUGGUCGGGCAAUAAUGGGUUGUGGGCAGAUGGACGGUCAAAGGAAGGUAGCAGAGAAAAACAUAAAAAAGAAGCUACGUGAGCAGAUUUUAGCUGGUGACUUUCACCGAAGAAACAUCUUGUGUCAUUCUGGCAACAGUGACUCUAAAACCAGUCCCGGAUCAUCAGGCUUGGCAGCUAGUCCAUCCACAGAUUGUGGAUUUCAACAGUAUUCUCAUGAUGCCAACAGUGGUUCAGUUAUUAAAGGACAGGCCUUUGAAGGAACAUAUGACAUGAUCCCAGAUUCCUCUGGUGGCAUUGAACCACUACUGAACUCGCAGAGUUUUACUUGUUUCAGAGAGACUGCCACCAUGCAUGAGGAGCGCCCUAGCCCUCCAGCUAUUUCACUAAGUAUUCCAGAUCCAGAACCCGCUGUGAACUCUGAAAACAAUCAACCGUGUUUGACAGAAAUUCAGUUUGCAUUUGAAAGGCUGGAUUUGUUCAGAGAAAAAUCUGAGCAGUUGUCAACUUCUGUGAAAGAAAGUAGCACUCAUGCAAGCUGCCAGAUGGCUUCUCCUAGGUUAAAGUCCAGAAGAUCAACCCCAUCGACCAUUGUCAAAAAAUUAGCUUGUGAAAACUGUUCCUUUAGUUCUGUAUCAGGUGAAAGCCUGUGGAAACACCUCUCCAAAGUACACAACUAUACAAUUGAAAGGGUUAAUGAAGUCAAAAGAAGGCUUGGGCUAUAUGCGCCAUUCAAAUGUCUAAAAUGUACAAAGGCAUUCACUCGAAACUCUAACCUUCGUUCUCACUAUCUUUCAAUUCACAAAUUAUCAAAUGAUGAAAUCGCAGAACUUGACAUGAAACGCAAGGAAGCUAAAGCGGCGGCUGCUUGUACUAUCCAGAACCAACCUCAGAUUAUAAACCAUUCUCCAGUCACUCAGAUCCCAAAGUCCCCUCGUCCAACUGUGGGUAACGGUGAGUGUCUGUAUCCGCUCCAAGACGCUGUGAAACGAGAGCAGUUUGUCCCUAAUAUUAGUGCAGCCUUCAAUGAUCCUUCUAAGCCUCAAGGUGACAAUCACUGCUCAGUCAUACGCCCCCUGCAGACCCUUUCCAUGCACAGCCUUGAAAUGGCACCAUCAGCUCAGACUUCCGCGGCAAUACAAGCAGGCAUGGCAUCUGAACGGCUGUCAAAAUCACAAAGAAACGUGCCUAAGAUACACAGCCAGCAGGUCACAAGUCCGCCUUUUCCUGUCAUCCAGGAUUUGUCUGUCACUCUUACAAAGGCUAAAGGACCAUUUAGUAACAAAAAAGGCUCUUUAAGUAGACCAGAUGUACUUAAACCAAAUGUAGGCAUUCCUAAGAAGGCUAGAGGAAGAAAACCAAAACAAGUUGACAGUGCAAGUCCGUAUAGACCAUAUCGCUGUGUUCAUCAAGGCUGUGUGGCAGCCUUCGCCAUUCAGCACAAUCUGAUCCUCCACUACAGGGCGGUGCACCAGUCCGCCUUGUCAGCACUGGAAGUGAAUGAAGAGCAGGAUCAGUGCGAAGGAGCAGAAGCGACGGACUGUCCUAAAGAAAAGCCAGAGCCAGAAGUCCCUCAGGCCACUGAAUUCCGAUGUCAAGUGACAGACUGUUGCUGUAUUUUCCAAGAAGUCCCCAACCUCUUCCUGCAUUACAUUCACCUUCAUGAAUUCACUGUUGAUAAAGUUGGAAGUCUCCUGUCUGACAUCAAACUCGGCAAGUUCACGUGUGGUCACCAAGGAUGCACAGAGUCCUUCAAAGCUCUGAGAAAAUAUAUUAGUCAUGUAAAAGAAGAACACAAGGAUCUAAACCUGGGCAAAUGUGACCUUGGACAAGUCUCGUUCAGGUGUGAAGUAGAAGGAUGUGAUAGGUCCUAUGCAACCAAGUCAAACAUGCUCCGACAUUUAAUGAAAAAGCAUAAUGACCUGUACCUGUGUAAACUCAAGAAAGACCGCAGAAAGGAGGAACAGACGAAACCGAAGUCAAAAAUAUUGCAUUACCAAAUGACUAAGCCAAGUAAUGGAAAGGAAAACAUUGAAAGCAACAAAAAGAUUCUCCUGAGACAAAACAGGACUAAGAGGCUGGUCAGACCUAAGAAGAAACACUGGUUGAAGUAUGGAAACCCUUCUCUGAAGUCCAAAUUGGAGGCAGCUGCGUUAUGCACAAAGAAAUUUCCUCUACAAUAUGCUUGUAUGAUCAAAAGUUGUACAUCAGUUAUGAAAUCUGAACGAAGCAUACUCAAACAUUACGUUGGACAUGGACUGUCUGAGAAGUACCUGGAACAGCACAGGAGUCACUUCAUUUUCUGUAAGAAGUUCUCCAAACUGAGGUGCCGUUCUAUCAGGAGUGACGACUCCAAAUCCGACAACACCUCCGACCUCUCGGACGAGACCACUUCAGACUCCAUCCUGGAGGGGGGUGGAUCUGAAAGUUCAAAGCCUGUUCUGCGUAGAAGGACCUCGACAGGGAUACCUGUUGUAUUGUUCAAUACCAAGUUAUCAGCUGAUGAGAGCUCCAAUGGCUCAGUGGUGCUAAAGCGCAAACGAGGACGGCCGCGAAAGUUCAGCGAGAAAUUACUCAAACGGAAGAAAGUUUUUGAAACGACCAAGUCUGAUCCCACCGGGCAGCAGGAGGAGGAGGAGGAGGAGGAGGAGGAAGUGCAUUCCUCUGGUGGUCCUGCAGUGGUCCCUGAGAGCGCGCAGCCAGCUACCCCCCUGGCCUUGUUUAAACCAAUGGGAUUUGAAAUGUCUUUCUUAAAAUUUCUGGAACAGUCCAAAUCUGAAAGUAGCACAAAGCCUGUGAGCGGGAAGACGCUUGCGUGCUCCAACCUCAAAAACACCCGUGUCAAGUUCAGCAACCGCCAGAACAUAAAAUCUCUUGGCAAGGUCAGAAUCCAUUUAGAUGCGUCCUUCUCGGGCGUCACAGACUCCAUGUUGAAACAGCUGCAGGACAUGCGUCCAGCUGUGGUGGUAGUUAAAUGUCAUUAAUUUGUGCUUUGGGGCAGAAUCUCAGGACUUGAAUGAAUUGACUGCUGUAGACUUUUCCCAUGUUUUACUCUUGCUGUCAGCUUCCUAGUAAUAUAUGUACAGUUUUCCCUUUUUUAUAAUGUAAAGCAUGUUUUAAAGACUUUCUUCUGGCAAGUAAAACGCCAUCAGCCUGUGGUGUGUGGACACUGAUAAAGGAGCUGUAACGUGUAGUUUGUGAAGAUGUUGAUAAAUGUGUUGUCUGUACUGUUGAAAUGGCUUAGACACCAGCUGUCUGAUUUAACAGCAGCUUUUAUUUCCUUUAUACAUUUUUAUUAACGCUGCCAAUAAGCAGUUUGGUUGUUUAAAGUUUGGUGCGCGUGCAUGUGACAAUAGAAGAUCGUUUUGUAAAACAUUUGACAUUAAACUCCUCCGUUAAAAUCCCA